AUGCCACCUCCUUCCUCACAUCGUUAUCCUGCUGGUGGUUGUUAUCGCUCGGCUUCAGUAAAUCGUAUUGGUCAGAGUACUCAGCCGAUAACUAACCAAAUUUUCCGUUCGCAAUCUGUCUCCCGAGUUGUUGAUCCUUCACCCUACGGCGUUGCAGGUGCCACCUACAUCCCCUUCCACAGUUUUUCUUCGGUGAAACCAACAUAUUAUCGAGUGAAACCAGACUUUACCUUGCGUAAUCAUAUUUACGACAAAUACUACUAUUUCUCGCCACGAUACAGACGCACACAAUUUCACCGUCAUUACUAUCAUGGACAAGUUGACCAGUACCCCUACCGAUGGAAUUUUCAGUCGAAAGGGACAAUAACUGGCCAAUACUACUGGGUCAGGCGAUUACAAUUUGACCCAAUCGAGUAUGGAGCCUAUCGCUACUACGACCCGUAUAGACGAUAUUACGACCCAUACCAUGAUUCAUAUAUCAAAUUAUAUGACUACAGAUCAAAGCUAUUGGACAGUCUCUAUUAA